AUGGCGGCAGUGCCGAAGUACACGCUGCUGCCGCUGUCGGACUCUCAGUUGAAGGGUGGGGGAGACGACAGCCUCUUCAAGGGAUCUGGCAUGACCAAGCGCGGGGCGAUCGCCGCUCUCUCCUACAUGGCUUGCGCAGGUGGGGAAAUCUUCGCCCCCAGCUUCCUCUGUGUGUAGCUUCAUGUGGAGGAAGACAUGGGUUUUAAUAUAAUGAGGGAUAAUUCAUGCUUUUGAUACCCCUCGACAUCUUGUUAUCAAUGACAUUGAGAACGUUUGAGUAGAAAUAGAUGAACUAGGAAACUCACUGAAGGAACCCUAGCGUAAAGACAUUAAUCAAGAAAAUCUCAAGAAUGGCUCUACUGUUGUAUAUCUUGUUGUAAGGGAAUCAAAUAGUUGAACUUCUUCCUCCGGGAUUUCGGGUUUAUCACACCAAGAUUCCGGAACAAAGUCGACAUUGGCAGUUGAUUACGUUUUCCGUUGCCAUUGUUUUUAUCCUUCUUCAAUUUCAUGAAUGGUUUGAUCUCACACGUUGCUAAAACGUCAAAUAGCUUGCCCAAUGCAAAGUUGGGUAAAGUUCUGUUUCUGAUUUAACGCUCAGAAAAUCGGGACGAGCAUGUCAUCUUUCUAUACUAGAAGUGAACGAUUAAAGGUCAGAACAAAAUGCUUCGGGGAUAUUUUUCUUUGAAUUUAUUCUAAGGUUUGUGUAGCAAAGCCUUUUACCAGUGGGGAUUUGUGUUUCAGAAUACUGUAGACAGGCGCUUUUGUUCAUAAAAUUAGUGGUACAAAAUCUCGCCUUGCUUUAAUCAAUGUUGAACUAAUUAAAGACAUUAGUGACUUCAUCAAAAUUUUUGUUGUUUAUUAGUUUCCUUCUACUUGUAACGAUUCCAUAAAGCGGGUUCCUGACAUCUUCAUUGUAUUGUUAAAAGUAGAUAAUGGCCUUCAAGUUGAAAGAUGCAUGGAAAUCAAGACCAGAACAUGAAAAAAAUCUUGGAUGGAUCCAAAUGGCCAGUCCAGGACAUGCUAAAUUGUACUAAUUAGAGUAAUAUAAAUUAUGCUAACCGUCAUCUAACUUGUAAUGAAUAGUGAAAUAGAUUAUACUAACCCUGGUCUUGUCAUGCCAUGGCUCUAACUUCAGAUCAUGACUGACAUAAAAUCCAGGUCUACACUCUCCUGGAACUUCUUUGCCCUUUCUCUAUUCUAUGUCUUCACUCUAAAUUUCGAGACCUAUAUCGGAAAAUUAACUCCUGUUUAGGAAAAAAUAUACAAAUCUGUGCUAUUACAUUAUUAUUCUCAAACAAACAGCCACAGGUUUGGCCUGAUAGUACGGAAUAAUUAUAGAAUCUGGAAAGUCAAGCUUUGUAAAUGAUUGAAUCUUCAUCUGUAACGAGUACAAUUCACCCUGACGCCUUAGUUAAUGCUUCAAACACACAAGACACCUCAGCUUUCAGCAUUGGUUCACCUGGCAUCUUUCAAUUUGCUUUAUCUGUUUCUCACCUCAUCUGAGAGUUUUUUCCAUCAUUAGCACACGAUCAGCAUUGUAGUUUCCAAUAAUCAUCCUGGAUCUCAGCUAGAUUAGGGUAUAAUCAUGAACUACCGAUGGCUGAGUUUGGAGUUGACUUAUCGAUCUAGGAUCCGUGUGUUCAGAUUUACUCUUAGAACACUUACUUAGAACUGUCCAAUAGCUGAAUAGAUUAAUUGGCCAGUUUUCUUUUAUGGUUCCACCCCUGUUCCACCUUAAUUUCAGAUUUGGUAAAAUGCAUUAUUUUUUGGGAUUUGAUGGAUCAUUUAUAUAGAACAUAUUGAAACUAAUAUUCCUUGGUAGUGUAUUUUAAGGUUUCAAUAUAUGAAAUACUAUAUAUUUCUAUCGUAAUGUAUAAUAUUCAAACCUUGGCCUUGAUUAACAUAUCCAUUGAUUUGAAUCUGGGUCAAACUUCCUGAGUUUAUUCAAUAUAUCCAUUGAUUUUUUGAUUUCGACUUUGCCAAGUUAUUCAAUUUAUGAUGUACAUUGUUCCUCCAAUGCCAAAUUUCAAGAAAUCAGAAAGACAUUCAUAAAGGAGUAUGUAAAGAGGUCUGAAACUGAAAAGUGUUUUAUCGAUUGAAGUAUGCAUAUGCACAUAUUCUGAGAAGUCUGGAGUUAAUUCCCUUCUUAUCCUGUGUCCUUCAUUAGCACUGGUUUUAAGCAUGUGAUUCUCAAUAAUAAAGGGAGCAUGUGAAUUGAUUAGCAUGAGUAUUUUUAUUGUAUGUUGCUUAUAAAUAGAAACAUAGGUCAACUGAAAAAAUCUUCAGGCUUAUGAUUGACAAGGGAAAACCAGAGAAAUGUUUCACUGUAGGCUUUGAUUUUCUUUCAGUGUCUCUCUCUUCUCAGCAUUGAACGGACUAUACUGCUCUGGAAGUUACAUAUUUAAGUCUGCAUGUUUUUCUAUCCGUCCCCUUAGAAAACGCCUUAUGUUUGUGUUUCUUCCUAUGCUCCAUUUUGUUUUUCACUGACCUGCGUUUUCGCCUGUGUUUUGUAGUUUUACUGGUGAUGUUCAACAAAGCAGCUCUUUCUUCAUAUAGUUUCCCUUGUGCUAAUGUCAUUACUCUCUUUCAGGUGAACUUUCUCUCCACUUUGGUUACUUCUUGCAGUUCCUGAUAUGCCAUUGGAUUUCUACCUUUGUAAACCUUCUGUACUGUUCUGUGCUUACUAUAUCGAUAAUCUAUUUAAGAACUUUGGUUUCUGGAAAUGCAAAUUGCAUGUACGUAUUAUAAACCCACAAUUCUUGGAUCCCCUUUAUGACUUGAUUGUUUACAACCAUAUAUGAUAUUCUUUUUAAUAUCAAUGAUUUAGAAUAUACCCGAAGGCCAAAGAAAAUUGAUUUCUUUUUGUUGUAAUUUGUUUAUUUCCCUGAUUCGUCUUAGUUUAACUGUUCGUCAGAAGUUGCAUCAUGGAUGGAGUAAUUGUCGUCUAGUCAACAAUUUUUAAGCUUUAUAAACUUUUGAGUCUUUCUAAGACUAAUGUGAAGAAUUCGUACCUAGAAAAUUCAGAUACAGCUCCUGCCCAUGAUGUUAUAUAUUUCUACCUUUAAAACUAUAUGCCUAAUAACUUUAAUGGACUGGUCACCUUGCUAGACGAGUGGAAUUUAGUUGCCCAAUAAAUCCUUUCCAAACAGAUAUGCUCCUUGAAUACAAAUUGUAGGAAUUAUUUUCUAGUUUCCAGAUUUGCUUUUUUUGUAUAUUUUAGUUAUUUUUUUUAAAAUUGUGGGCAGAGAUCUAAAAUUAUACGCCAAUUUUUCAAUGAAUAAGGCCCAUUUACUUCUGUUGAAUAAUGUAAUCUCCCAUUAAAUAAUGUAGGGCAAUUCUUCAACUCCUGACAUUGGCUGUUGUAGUCCUUGACACUGGAAAGCGGAUUUAUCAAUAAGUCGGUGUGCGGGAAAUUCCUAUUUUAAUUAAUGGCUCCUGCUCCGUGGAUCUCUUGAUCUUUUCCCAUGCACGCUUUUCUUACCUGAUAUUUUCAGGUUCUUUUUUUCUUCUUCUGGUUGUCUAUAACCGCAAUCUACUGAGAUCUUUUCAGUAAGGAGUGUGUGAUGUUAAAAUGAUCAGAUUCUGAGAGGGAUACCUAUUUUCUGGGGAACUUUGUAGAUGACAUGUCCUGCAUAAUCUGCCAUCUAGUAAUUGAUCAUUUCUGAAGACAGUUACCGCUGGAUGAACCAUUAUGUACUUAUAUUUUGUUUCUCACUUAAUCGUCUUGUGUGGGUUGCAGAUGGUGUGCUCCUCCUCAAUUUUGUACGCAAUGAGACGCUGGGGAAUCAUCACCUUCACUAUUGGUGAACCUUGGAUGGUGCCUGACAAAUCGUCACCAAGUCUUGUACCAUUAACGACAUUACUACAAACACUUCCGCUUUCAUUAACAUAUCUACUUUACAUGGUAUGAUGUUUUGACGCUUUUUAUUUAUAAAUAUAAAUAUCAACAUACUUACUGAUCAAUGUUUAAUUUUUUGUGUCGAAGGUUGCUUCCAUGGAAUCUGUUCGUGGAGUCAACGUUCCCAUGUACACCACCCUUAGGCGGACAACUGUUGUAUUUACGAUAACAGUGGAAUAUCUUCUGACUGGUCAGAAAUAUCCACCCUCAGUUUUUAGCAGGUAAAUAGAUUUCUUAUUUGUCAUUGUUAUAAAAUUGGUGCUCUGAGGAUUACGGAAAAGGUAGCUGAUAUGUAAUGGUAGGCUCCUUUCGAGAUGAAUUUCAAUGAAUUUUUUUAAGUAAUCAAUAGUUUCAUGUCCUCUUUAUGGCAGUUUUAUGGUCCUCAUAUCCAUAUUCAUGGAUGGUUUCCGUGCCAUACUCGUAUCAUUUGUUCUCUAAAGUACUAAUGGCGUUCCAUUUGCCCCUCCCUCUACCUUUCUCAUCAGAAAUUUAAGGUGAUCACUUAGAUUGCAACCCACACGUAGUUACUGAAUGAUGAUUUCAAUGUCUAGGUUAUGGAAAGAAAAGCUUUCAUAAUUUUUUUCUGAACGGAUUAUUACAUAGCUCGUAUCAUCCAUUUCAGACAGAUGGAAUAAAUGAGUUUAAUAAACCUAACUGGAACCUGACAGAGAGAGUGACAGUGAGUGAUACUGUAGAGUAGCUGGUUGCCAUUGGUUGAAAGUAAUGCGUUUGCAUGCACGCCCAAAAGAAAAUACUGAUUGUCAUUGCUUAUUUUUUUCUUGAUUAUUAUUUGAUUUGACUUGAAGAGUAUAAAAAAUUGUUUCGUUAGCCAGUUUAAUACUCUUUCUUUCUAUGAUUUGCUUUUGAAAAUCAAGUGGACGUCUUACCUAUAUUCUGUUUAGAUUUGGUACUAAUUAUGAUGGUAAAGUUUUGCUCGAUAUUUAUUAUGGCAUGCAUCUGCCUUUCUUUUUCAUUAGGAAGCAUUUUACGUUUCUGAUCUCUCUCCCUGGUUAAAAACCAAGGGCAUUAUCAGUGUGUUUCUGAUUGUUUUUGGAGCAUUUCUUGCUGGGGCCCGGGAUAUGUCAUAUGACUCCUAUGGCUAUGCCAUUGUCUUGGUAUCCAACAUCUCAACUGCUAUAUAUCUUGCUACAAUUGCUCGCCUCGGUAAUCUUACAUUCCUUAUAUAUAUAUUAUUAGUAUUUUCAUCUUUUGUAUUCUGGAACAUAAUAAAUCUAUACUGUGACAGCAGUUCACUCAUUACCUAUUUUCUUGUUGUUUCCCUUCCAGGGAAAUCCAGUGGUCUCAACAGCUUUGGUCUCAUGUGGUGUAACGGUAAUAAGGCUAAGGAUGAUUUGACAGCUCUGUCCCUCUAAUGAUUCAAUAUUAUUGAUUCAAAUUCAAUAUAUGAUUUUAGUAUUAUUUUGAAAACAAGCUGAUUUCUUCUUGCAGGUUUAGUAUGUGGACCAGUUUUGCUGGUAUGGACUUACUUUCGAGGUGACUUGGAGAUAACAAUGAAUUUUCCUGACCUGUAUUCCCCAGGCUUUCAGGUAAGUCCGGUUCUGAAAUGAACGAUAUUUCACCAUGUAUCCGCACUGGAUAUUUUAAUUAUGAAAUUUAUGCUGAUAAAUCGUCAAGAUCUGAUACUUAACUAAAAGAUAAAAUUAACAAUGCUUAAUUUAUGCUUCUUUGUUGUUGGGUUCUUCACAUGGCAUGGAAUCUUGGCCUUACUUUCCAAUAAAGAACGGGUACUAAUUUAUAAGUUCAGCAUAUUCUACCUGCUUCUAUUCUUUAAUUGAGUAGUGCAAUGUGCAGGCAUUUUGCAUUACCAAAUCUUGUAAAGAAAAAAGAAAAUGGAUCAACACUUUCUUCAUGGAAAUAUGCCUUAUUUAGUGGUUUGAUGGUCUGAUUAGGAGGUCAACGCUUAGAAAGGAAAUCUUGGUCUUCUUCUGCUUGAAGAUUUUACGGCCCAAUCAUGGAAAUAUGCUGUCAAUGCCCAGCUGUUUCUACCUGCUUCUAUUCUUUAAUCGAGUAGUACAGUGUGCAGGGAUUUUGCAUUACCAAGUUUUUUAAAGAAAAAAGAAAAUGGAUCAACAGUUUCUUCAUGGAAAUAUGCCUUAUUUAGUGGGUUUUAUGGUCUGAUUAGGAGGUCAACGCCAAUAAAGGAAAUCUUAGUCUUCUUCUGCUUGAAGAUUUUACGGUCCAAUCGUGGAAAUAUACUGCCAAUGCCCAGCUGUUUCACUCAACUAUGCCAACUUUGUGUGCGUUACCCCUGGAGAAUGGCGGCAGCCUGAUUCAUAUUCCAGCCCCCUGUUGCCUUCAUAUUUGAUCUUUUGGCGUUUAAAACAAAAUAAAAAACACAUUUAUUUAUUCUCGAAAAAGAUAAAAUUUAUUACUAUAAAGGGUGAUAAAAAAAAUAAAAUAUUAAAUAAAUCAGGAAAGCCUUUUUUUUCAGUAAGCAGCUCAGAAUAAAUAUAUGUAUUACCCUCUGAAGGGGUCUUUGACUCCCAAAUCAUGAGAAAGCUAGUUUCAUGAGAAAUCUGCCCAUUCUUGCUGUUUUCUCCUGGAAGACAGAUGGUCGUGUGGGUCAAAUGAUCAUGGGCUUUUUGAUUCUGAGAUUCAGGUUUUCCGAGAAAAAAAAAACCAAUAAACGCUCCCUCAAGCCUCUCCAUUUUCUUUCUGGCUUGGAAAUGAAGUAUUGGAACUUUAUAAUUAAUGUUUUUAUUUUUAAAUAUUUUGUAUGUAUAAUGUGAUAAUUUGCGAGUUCUCGUUCGAAUUAAUCUGCAUGCAUAUUUGAAAUCAGGUAUUAUAUUAAUUUAUUUUAUUUAUUACCUCUACAAAUUAAUAACACUUGUAAUACGUUUAGUAUCAUUACUGGGGUUAAUCCCGACGGUUCUUGUGUGCUAACUUGGGCAACUCUCCUGCUGGAUUUGUGGUGUUUCCGGCUACUAAAUAAGGCAUAUUUCCUGUAAUCGUUUUCUCCUCUCUGUCUUUCUCUCUCUAGAUUUUUUCUUAAUUCUUACUUCUCUCUAAGUCAAUAACCGUUUGCUGUCCAUUUUUUAGGGCGUUAUGCUCCUUUCCUGUAUUAUGGCGUUCUUCUUGAAUUACUGCAUAUUUUUGAACACUACAUUAAACUCCGCCCUUACUCAGACCAUGUGCGGCAACCUCAAGGUUUUUCAACCCUCUCUCUCUCUCUCUCUCUCUCUCUCUCUCUCUUUCUCUCUCUCUCUGAUAUGUUCCUCAUCAUAUCUUCUGGGGCUGCAGGAUCUUCUGACUGUUGGUCUGGGAUGGAUGAUAUUUGGCGGCCUGCCCUUUGACAUGGUGAGGAGUUUCUCUCUCUCUCUCUCUCUCUCUCUCUCUCUCUGUCUCACCUUCUCUCUCUAUCUGGCGUUAAAUAUGUCACAGUCUUUCAAUGAUGAAAAAUCUAGUUACAUGGGGUCUUCUUAUUGUGUUCACUCUCCUCUGUGGUUUCUCUCUCUAGCUCAACGUGGUGGGGCAGUGUCUCGGCUUCCUCGGUUCUGGCUUGUAUGCCUACUCCAAACUCAAGGGCAGGUAG